AUGGAGCAGCAGCAGCAGCUACAGAAAAGGCAACGCUCGCAGCAGCCGCCGCUAGUGCCGUGCGCGAGGUGCGGUUCCAGCGACACCAAGUUCUGCUACUUCAACAACUACAACACUUCGCAGCCGAGGUACUACUGCAGGACCUGCAAGCGCCACUGGACGCACGGCGGCACCCUCCGCAACGUCCCCGAAGGCGGUAGCUCCAAGAAGAGCAAGCUCAAAUCAUCGGCGUCGUCGUCGUCAUCGCCAUCCCUGAAGCUUCCUCAAGCGCAAGCGAUGGUCGACCAGAUGGCAGCCGUUGCGGUUGGUACCAGCACCAACCCGGACCGUGCUGCCAUGCCGCCGCCGUUACUCUACGGCGGCGGAGCGAGAGCAGCCGGGUGGGGAGGUAUUUUGGGAGAUGAGCCCGCUCUUCCGGCCUUCAAUUCCGGCGGCUUGGACGGCGACUUUGGCCCGUCGAAUCCUGCGACGACGCCGUCGGGAUUCAAUCUCUUGCAGCAGCUGGUGCAGCAACCCCGCUUGACUCUGGCUCUGCACCGAAACCUGUUCAUGUUCCAACAGCAAAUGAAUGCUCCCGCGUUUGCCACUGCAGCUCCCGCCAUUGUUGCGGCAGAUGCGGCUGCUACAACCGAAGAGAGCAAUCAGAACUAUCACAACAACAGCAGGAUGUCCAACAUGUCAGGCGCCCCUCACCCUCCUCCAUCCUCAUCUUCCAUGUGA